AUGGCCAUGCCAGGGGACAAGAUGUACAACAGUUGCCUCCCUUUUGGUGAGACCCAUCAGAAACUCUUAGCCACCAUCCUGAUUGUGUUGGGCCUUUUUGCUUUACUGGAAUAUGCCGUUAAACUGAUUGCCUUGUUGUGGAUUACCUUUCCCCCAUUCCUGAGGAAAAUAUAUGAUUCUUUCUUCAAGAAAGGCAGUCGGCUGCUCAAAACCAUGAAGAUUCUCUCCAGCAGCAAGAGGCUAUGGAAAGAAUCGGCCCUUUUCAGGAGCCAGAGAAAGCCCUCAACUCUGCGCUUCCGUUGCAUUGUAGAUCCUGUGAAAGUGACUGUGAAAAUCGGCAACCCUCAUGAGUCCAAAGCCUUCUGCACUCAGCUGGGCAGGAAAAACAAGGCCUACUAUUCUGGAGAAUGGUCAAGCCACCAUGAUAUGGAUGACAAAAAAGCCAGUUGGCACAAGAACCAACAACUCCAGGACAGCCAAGGAAGCUCCCAUCUGUCUGACCCCGAGACCCCCCAGCCAGCGUGUCCUGUGGGAUCGGUUGCUUCCUGGGUUCGUUUCAGCUUCAGCUCACCAGUACGCACCCCUGACACGGUAAACAGUUCAGCCAACUAUGGCGUUUUGGCAAGGAGCCACCAAAGGGCCACAGGUGAUAAGCUGCAGAGUUCAGAAGUCACAGGAGGUAGUUCCCACGGCCAACGCUUCCUGACACGCUCAGUGGGCCUAAACACAGAGGGGCCUGCUCCCCACCACUUAGCUCAGCCCCAUGAGCCCUUUCAUCACCCAAACAGUGAGACCAAUUUCAUCCCCAGCCCAAUCUUACCUGGUCCCCGGAGGGUGCUGUAUUCUACCUUUGCUCCAGAUACGGCAUCUAGAACCCACCUUAAUGCUGAGGAAUAUGUCUACCCACAUUCUCCCAGAGUUCAUCAGCCCCGCCUUGGCCUAGAGUGGCAUCAGCACUUGCCAGCAGCACAGCAAGCAGAGGUCUAUGUCUAUCUGGUCAGUCCACCCCACCCUAGACUAGAACACCGUUCUGAGCAACCCAACCAAGCAUUCCCAACCUCUCAGACCAUCUCCAGGAAGGAAAUGCUGGAGAACAGAAUCUCCCUCAACCAGAGCAGGGGCGGCAGUAAUCAAGGCCCUGCAGUCCAAGGGGGCAGCGAUUCUAAUAAGCCACGCAAGAGCAUCUGGGAGAGAAAGCGCCAGAGAAGAUCACUGCAGCCAACCUCAGACCAUGAGAAAUUAAUAGGGAGCAACGGUGGAGUUAACCUCGGGGCCCAUGAGCCGUUUUCUCAUAGCCCAUCUCUCUUGGUUGAUAGAGGGAAGGAAAGUCUUGAUGCAACUACACCCAAUAUUGCCAGCUGA